UAUUUUACAACUUAAGUCUCUCUAAGUGUAUUUUCUUCAACUUCGACAAAUACUGCGUCUCUUUUACCCUCAUCGCUGGAUUUUUCGGCAAUUUACGGUUAACGCGAAACCCAAGCCGAACCCAAGCCGGUGAGCCAUGGCGGACGCCAGUGACCGCGAGGAGUUGUAUACUACACUUGGAGUUUUACCAACCGCUACCCACGCCGACAUUGUGGACUCAUACAAGAAGGAAGUCGAGCUAUACGAGAGGGCAUGUAAACUCGGAAAAAAGAGCAAGAAGUACAAGGAAGCCGAAGUAAGACACAGGGAGGUGAGCAAAGCUUUUGUUGUAUUGUCUGACGCGCCCCGAAGACAACUUUACGAUAACAGCGGUGCCGUAACUGUUCCUACCAAAGUCACAACGAAGUCGCACAAAAACUCAAACGGCUAUAGUGUGAACCAGAACGAACAGAGCAUCACUAUAUUCCUGCCAUCAAACCGGGCAACCACAUGGAUCACCACGUGUGAAGAACACCACUCAACUAAGGCGACUGACAGGGGGAAGAAUGGUCGCCAUAUCAAAACGGUGUACAGCGACGCUCACUCAAAACAGACCGUUGGCUCUGUCAGUAUCACUGUGUAUGUUUCCACCGACAAGAUCCUAGUUCAGGGUUCGGCCUAUCUACUGUGGUUCUUGGAGGAAUUCCCUCGACUGAAAGAGAAAGUUGGAGCGGUGUGUACUAGCGAGAGAAUCAAUAACAGUGUUCAACUCUCGGUCUCAGCUUCCGAAGUUUCCAGUACCCCCGCAGCCCCGGCAACUGAUGGCCCCUCUUCCUGCCCAACAUGUGAACAAUCUAUUGUUGCGGAUGAACUUUGCGCUACCUGUAACACUGUGCCUAAAGCUUUGCUGGAUUUUAACAGCAAUGCUCUGUGUACAGAAGAAGAAGAGCCGUCGGAAGGUACCCCGCAGAACCUAGCUGACAAGGGUAAUCAGUGCACACCUCCUAUCUCUUCUGUCGACUAUGCUAAUGUGCAGGACAGUGUAAAUAAGCUCGAAUCGUGCCUUGUCGAAUCUAUUGCAGAUAGGAAGACUUCCGAGUUGUCAAUCUUGCAAAGACUCUCCGUACUCGAGGACAGAUUAAAGUCAGGUGAACGAAACCAUGUGUGUGCCGGUCUUUCCGCUUCAGAGAAGAGGCAACUCGUGGAAGAUAUCGCGCGGUUGGACAAAGUCAAGUGCGAGCUUGAAACCCAAGUCAAGUCGCUUCAACAAAAGUAUAAUGAGUUAUCCAGAGCCGUACACGAUGCACAAUCAGCCAGUCUACGCGACCAGUCCAAAUCAAUGGAAACCCAAACAAACCAAGAGGCCUCUGAUCGCGCCGAGAGACUAUUGUAUGAACUGGUCAAUGUAAAUGUGCACAAUAGGUUCCAAGCUCUGGAAGGUGACAACAACGAGAUCCGCGAAGUCAACAAUGAGACCCGCAACAACAGCUCAGUUUCAAGCACACGUGCGAAACACCGCGAGCAAACACACAAAGCAGGAGAGAAGCAGCCUCCCAUUCAGAACAAGGUGAAUCCCAGACCUACUGUCUCGACAAGUCAACACAACAAAGACAUGCCGCCCGACGUGCUAAUCCUGGGCGACUCAAACACAAAAGACAGUCAAGACAGAUGUCAUGUAUCCCGCUAAACGUGUGACAAAGGA